GGGAGGUCAGGAGACUGCAGGGCCGGAAUACCGGGAGCUGGAGAGAGGACGGCCGGGAGGGGGCGGACGGCGGAGACGAUCGUCAAGUCGGUUGCUAGGUGGCGCCGAAGUUGCCCUUUGUGGUGGUUGUGAAAAGCUGCCGCUCACAUUCUGGGGUUUCCCGGUGCCAUUGGAUGACGUGGCUGCUGGCCCGGCUGGGAAUCCGGGGGCAGUCUCUGACACUCGGGCCUGGGACGGCGACGCCGUGUGUUGGAACAGCCGGGCGGUGAGAAUCAUGUUGUGAGGAGGACCCCGAGAAAGCCACAGGCAGCCUCCUCUCCCCAGGCGGAGAGCAAGGAUGGAGGAGAAGUACAGUAGCAACAUCAUCUCCAACGCCCGCUUGGGCCCUGUGGAUGUGCCCGACUCCAGGUUAACUCGGUAUAUUACACUGCUGUGCCUGGCUAAGUUCCUGAAGGUUGUUGGAAUUUUUGAAUCUUAUGAUCUCCUUAAAGUUGUACACAUUGUUCAGUUUGUCUUCAUAGUUCAACUAGGGUCUGCAAUAUUCUUGGUUUUGUUCCAAAAACCAUUUUCUUCAGGCAAGCCAAUCUCAAGACGGCAGUGGAUCAAGAUUGGCAAACAUGCAUUUGGUGGCUGCAUUAUUUUGUUGUUGUGGUUCUUUGGGCUCACACUUUGUGGACCAUUGAGAACAAUACUUCUUUUUGAGCAUAGUGACAUUGUGGUCAUUUCACUACUUGGUGUGCUGUUUACAAGCUCUGAAGGAACCCCAGCAAAGACAAGAGGAACUGCAUUCUUCAUAAUUGCUGUUAUUUGUUUGUUAUUAUUUGACAAUGAUGACUUAAUGGCCAAGAUGGCUGAACACCCUGAGGGACAUCAUGACAGUGCUUUAACCCAUGCACUAUAUACAGCUAUCUCUCUUCUUGGAGUUGCAGACCACAAGGGCGGGGUUUUACUGCUUGUGAUAUCGUUAUGUUUCAAAGUUGGCUUUCAUACAGCCUCCAGGAAACUCUCUGUAGAUGUUGGUGGAGCAAAGCGUCUCCAUACAUUGUCUACUCUAAUGUCGGCCCUGUUACUGUUUCCAUGGGUGGUCAUAUUGACUGCAACCACAGAGAGUAAAGUGGAAUCCUGGUCUUCCCUUAUCAUGCCAUUCGGGACAAUCAUCUUCUGUGUUCUAAUAUUGGACUUCUAUGUGGAAUCUAUUUGUUCAGCUAAGAUCGAAGUUUCAAAGUGUGCACAAUAUGGCUCAUUUCCAGUCAUCUUUGGGGCCCUACUUCUUGCUAAUUUCUGGACACAUCCAAUAACUGAUCAGCUACGUGUGAUCAACAAACAAACCCUGCAGCAUAGUACUGAACAUGUAUUGUCAGGUGGAGUUUUGGUUAGUGCUAUUUUCUUCAUACUAGCUGCCAACAUAUUAUCCUCGCCUUCCAAGAAAGGUCAGAAAGGUACUCUGGUUGGUUACUCACCUGAAGGUACCCCACUGUAUAAUUUCAUGGGUGAUGCCUUACAGCAUACUUCUCAGUCAUUGCCCAAGUUUAUCAAAGAAUCCUUAAAACAAAUUCUGGAAGAGUAUGACUCUAGACAGAUCUUCUACUUUCUCUGCCUUAACCUUGCCUUUACAUUUGUCGAAUUAUUCUAUGGUGUGUGGACGAACAGCCUUGGCCUCAUUUCUGAUGGUUUCCACAUGCUGUUUGAUUGUUCGGCACUAGUCUUGGGUCUCUUUGCAGCCCUAAUGACCAGAUGGAAGGCAACUCGAAUUUACUCGUAUGGAUAUGGCCGCCUUGAAAUUUUGUCUGGAUUUAUUAAUGGCCUUUUCUUAAUGGUUAUAGCGUUUUUUGUUUUCAUUGAGUCAGUGGCAAGAGUUUUUGAUCCUCCAGACAUUGACACAGAAAUGUUAACGCCAGUUUCCAUUGGGGGUUUGAUAGUGAACCUGAUUGGUAUCUGUGCCUUUAGCCAUGCACAUUCCCAUGGGGGUUCUCAUAGCAGCUGUUCUUCACAUGAACACGGCCACGGACAUGGACAUGGGCAUUCGCAUGGUGACCAUGGGCAUGGAGGUCAUGGCCAUAGUCACAGCCACAACCAUGGCCAUUCCCAUGGAUCUUCAACAGGAGGAAUGAAUGCUAACAUGAGAGGAGUAUUUCUGCACGUGCUGGCAGAUACGCUAGGCAGUGUUGGAGUGAUAAUCUCUUCUCUUCUGAUACGCCAGUUUGGAUGGCUAAUUGCAGAUCCUAUUUGCUCUCUCUUCAUUGCUGUGUUAAUUUUUUUAAGUGUCAUCCCACUCAUGAAAGAUGCUUGUCAGUUGCUGCUGCUACGGACACCACCAGAGUAUGAGAAACAACUCAGUAGUGCCCUUAAUAAGAUUCAGAAAAUUGAAGGUAUUAUAUCUUAUCGAGAUCCUCAUUUCUGGCGCCAUUCAGCUAGUGUAAUAGGAGGAACCAUCCAUGUGCAAGUCAUGCCAGAUGUUGUGGAACAGAGAAUCAUACAGCAGGUCACAGCUGCUUUAAAAGAUGCUGGUGUGAAUAACCUGUCAGUUCAGGUGGAAAAGGAGUCGUACUUUCAACAUAUGUCUGGACUUAGUGCUGGUUUCCAGGACAUCCUUGCUCUGACUCAGCAAAUGGAAGCUGUAAAAUAUCUGAAAGAUGGUACCUACAUCAUGUGACAAGUCCUGAAACCUACUAAAAAGGAGCGAUGGCAAUUCAAUCUAACAGGGAUUUAUAAAUAGUAUUUAUUUUAAGAAAAACUGAACAAAGUCAUCUGCAUUAUAUAGUUGUUUUGAAACAUUGUUCAUGUUUAUUUUCAUCCAGAUUGGUGAAUGGAAAUUUGAAUUAAAGAUGUAAAUUGUCAGCAGUAGUGAGGAGGACAUUUUCAGCAUUUAAACCCUUGGAACAAUCUAUUCUUAAUUCUUAUCGCACAGCCACAGGAUUUUAAUCAUGUUUACAUUUUAUCUAAAAAGAUCAGAUAUUUUCUUGUCCGCUACAUUAUGUCACAUGAUCACAUUACCAAUGGUUUUAGGAAGGUAAUGAAAUUUGGUUAUACUGAGAUUUUUAAUUCUUGUGCUAAUGCUGCAUCCAGUUUGUUUUGUGUGGAAUUGCUUGUUAAUAACUGACCAAGAAUUUGCUGUUACCAGUUUUGUGUAAUAUGUUUUGCAUUGUUUGUUAUAUGUGUACAAAUCCUGAGUAAUUUCCUUCUUGAUGAACCAUUGGAUGUCAAAUAUCAUUCUAUCCUUUACCCGCAUCUUUAAUAAGUAAAUUUAAAAAACAGAAAAAACUAUAUAUGUGGCAAAUCUGAAUGGAAACUGAAAAUACUCAGCAGAUCAGGUAGCAGCUUUGGAGAGAGUCAGAUACAGGAUUUCAUCGGAUGUAAGAUAAUCGACCUGAAAUGUUAAUUAUUUUCUCUCCACUGAUGCUGGAUGUUUCUGUAUUUGUUUUUGUAAGAUACUUAUAGAGAGGGGGAAGGGGAUUGAACAAAUAGCACAUACCUACCGGAAAGAAUUAAAUAGACAUUUAAUGGAUUCCGCUGCCUGUUUAAAACACAAAUAGUGUAUUUUAUUUUCCCAACCAGCUCCUGAAUAUUUCCAUUGAGACUUCUCAUUUCACACCUUUUCAUAGAUGUCGGCAAAUCAGACAAAAUUAUUCCCUGCGAUAAUCCAAAGAUGAUGAUGGUCUCAAUGUGACUAACUUCACCUCUUAGUUAGGAAUUUGAUGUUAAAUUCCCCAUUGGGGGAAUGUUCAACUUGUUUUCAAGUUGCUAGAAUUUAAAGUGGCACCCACAAUAUUCUAAAUUCUUGUUUGUCUUCUUUGGUCAUAGCUAAAGUAUAGCCUACUUUUUAUAAGUGUCAGAAAUAUACUUCUGUACAUAUGGUACUAAGCUAUUGUAAUAGUCAUAUGAAUCUAGAAAAUAAUAAUCUAUUCCAAUAAUCUUAGAUUGUUUAAUGAUAUUUUCUUGUCUCUCGCCCUAAAUCUUCAUGUAAACAAAGUUAUUGCAAAAAAUAAGGCCAGUGUAUGUAUUUAUAUUAAAAUGAAACAAUGUUACGAUGUUGGCAUCA